AGUCAGGAAACACUCUGAGUACCUUGAGGGGUUUCCAUAUCUGGACCUUGCCUUCGCCAUCCCCAUAAAAUAAGGAAGUGGAGGUGGAAAAGUUGGGUGUCUAUGGUUAAAUGGGAUGUGCUUUGGGGUUAUUCAGGCCACUCAGCAAUCCUCUGAGCACUUCUGAGACAGCCCAGCUGGGCUUCAGGACAUCAUGUACUUCUGUAGUAACACCCAGGAAAAGCCAAGGAGAAAUGCUUCUCUGCUCUACCCGAGACCUCCAGUUUCCAGCGGUUUAGGGGUUAUGAAUCAUGCCACGGGGGUUAUAGGUCAUGCCCCAUCAAAUCUUCCAAACACUUGACCACUCAGAGCGUCAGCACUGUGGGCUCCGCCGCAAAAAAUGGUCUGGGGAUUUCCCAUUUCUGGCCCAGCCUGAGAGUCACUGGACUGUGGUGAGGUGUUUGAGACGGAAAACCGAUCAGGCGCUCUGGGGGCUGAGUAUGGCUGGGUCACAUAUUGGGCUCUGGGGUGUCAGACUAAGGGGACAAUAAGAGGUAAGUACAACCUUAGAUGCUUUCCCAGCCAUAUUCUGACCCUUCUUUUAAGAAGAGUGCUUCUGUUUCUUCUCCAUGAAAGCACUUCUUCUGUUUUUUCUUCUAUGCUUUAAUAGAAACCCAGAAAAUAUUUCCAAGGACAGAGGAUCUUUAUCUUGACUGUCUUACACUGUUGCUAUUGGCAGUGGUAUCAAAGACAGGCACAUGUCCUCCCACUCACAGUUUAUAAGAGUAAACACUAGUAUUACCACACCCUGCUGAUCCCUGCCUGGUUGGCCAGGUAAGCUGAAUAAUGUAACAAUAAUCAUAUUUGUUGUUGUUUAGUUGCUAAGUUGUGUCCGACUCUUUUGUGACCCCAUGGACUGUAGCCUGCCAGGCUCCUCUGUCCACAGGAUUUCCUGGGCAAGAAUACUGGAGUGGGUUACCAGUUCCUUCUCAGAGGAUCUUCCUGAUCCAGGGAUCAAACAUGCAUCUCCUGCAUUGGCAGCGGAUUCUUUACCACUGAGCCACCUGACAUUUACUGAGCGCUUGCUAUUAGCCAGAGUGAAGCAGCAUGGAAGCCACCAGCCAGAUCCCCAUGGAAGUUGUGCUCCCCAAGCACAUCCUGGACAUCUGGGUCAUUGUCCUCAUCAUCCUGGCCACCAUUGUCAUCAUGACCUCCUUGCUGCUGUGCCCGGCCACCGCGGUCAUCAUCUAUCGCAUGCGAUCCCAUCCCGUCCUGAAUGGGGCCGUCUGAGAACCUCCCAGGAGGGGCGGGUGAGGGGUGAGGACAGCCUCCUGGCCCCCAGCAUCUUCCCCUUUCCCAGAAAAGCAGCCGGGGGACUUGGCAGUGUGGACUCUGGAGCUCGAUAUGUGAGGAGGCCUGAGUUCUGGCUUCGAUUCUGCCACUGGCCAGUGGUGAGAGCUCGGUCCAGGGACCUAAUUCCAUGAGUUCCAGGUUCCAUAUGUUCCAAACGGGGAUUACGCUCCCUGCCGUCCUACCUCAUGGGGUUGUGAGAACCCAUGACCUGGUGGAGGUUAAAGCUUGUUAGUGAGCAGGUUCACAGGUGUUAACUGUUGGAUGUUGAUAAGCUUUGAAGAACCACAGACCCUUAUUACUGAUGAGAGCCUUCAAGGUGGUGAGGGAGACACUGGGGCGGAGCAGCCUUGCCAGUGACCCUCAGGUGAAAUGAAGCAAAAGCACCCGUCCUCAUUCCAAGGGACCAACAGCAUGUGGCUCAAUGUUAUUUUCUUUGAGGUGCCACUCCCUCGAGUUUUCUCAUUUGGGAGGCAAUUAAGUGUGGCAGGGGGAGGGAGAUGGGUGGAUCUUCCCAGGACACCAGAAGCUCUGCCCCUGUGAAAUCUGGAGGGGGCUUGACCAUUUUUUGGCAAUGACAAGGGAUCUGGGGUGAUGGACUUCAUUCUGCAUUAGAGUCCCAAAGCUUUGACACUCAAGCAGUGUUGGCAAAUGCAGAGUGGCUGAGUUCCCUGGCCAGCUUUCAGGAACUCAGCCCCUAUCCCCUGUGAGCCCCUCUGCCCCAGCUCCUGCAUAACACAUACUCACUUCAUUCCCUCCUACCAACACUACAACCAUUCCAAGGUAUAGACUUAUAUUUUAAGAGAUGUUCCCAGGAAUUUGAAACUAACUCAAACAGCAAUGUUUAUUUUUAAUGCUAUGAUUUAUAUUUAUAUGUAUAGAGAGAUUUCUGGACUACUUAAGCUUUUUGGCCAAAACCAGGAGCAUCUGGAGAUUGGUUAAAUUAUGUAAGAAGAUAGCACAGGCUAUCAGGAUAUUAUUGUGUGAAAAUGAUGCUUUUACUUUGAUCUGACUUCAUUGAUGUACACAAUUAAUUUCCAAUAAAGUGCUAGAAUGAG